UAAUAUAUCAGAUACCAACAAAGCCAGCAGCACUGCUUAAAAAAUGUGGAGACCAACGCAAAAUACAUCCGCUCGCUGCUGUGCCAGUGAAGCUCCAGUGGAGGAUUCCAUUGUGUUUUAAUUAUCCGUCUUCGUUUAAAUCCUCUUCUCAUCCCUCCUCAUCUCUUUCCUUCCUCCAAGAAAAACCCUAACCCAGUACAAUGGCCGGCGGAGAAGUUCUCGACAGACUAUCCGCGCCGGCCCCGACGGCGGCUUCUUCCGCGUCGCCUCCCUCGCCCCGUCGGAGUCGGCGAUCUAUGCACCGUGCCCUCGGCGGCGGCGCUGUUGCCGAUGUGCUCCUUUGGAGGCGGAGGAACGUCGGGAUUCUCGUGGUGACGGCCGCCACCGCCGUAUGGUUCCUCUUCGAACGGGCUGGGUACAGCUUCCUCUCUCUAAUGGCCAACGCGUUCCUCCUCCUCGUCGUUAUCCUCUUUUUCUGGGCCAAAUCCGCCUCCCUUCUCAACAGACCUCUUCCGCCCCUUCCCAAUCUGGAGGUUUCUGAGGAGUUCGUAGGGAAAGUUGCGGAUGAGGCUCGGGUGUGUAUCAAUCGUGUGUUGGCUGUUGGACAUGAUAUUGCCAUUAGGAGAGAUAGGAAGGUGUUUCUUCAGGUUACAUUGCUUUUGUGGCUUGUUUCAUAUAUUGGGAGUUUGUUUAACUUUCUUACACUAGUUUAUAUUGGGGUGCUUCUGUCUAUCACUCUUCCUGCAUUGUAUGAUAAUUACCAGGACCAUGUUGAUGAAAAGCUUAGUCUAGCACAUAAAUUACUCUUGAAGCACUGCGACAACAUUCUAAGAAGGGGAACAAGAAAACCAGCCAAAGAGAAGAAGAUCCAGUAGCAUGAUAUACUCUCUUGACUCUUAUCAUAUAAAUACUUGCACCUCAUGAUAAUAACAAUAUGCUAGAGAUGCUCUGGACAUAAGGAUAUGUAGAGUUGCCUGGCAUGUGUGGUAGUGAUUGAGGCCAGAAAGUUUGCACAGAGGCAAGGCCGUGGACUAUACUUUGAGGUAUCUAUUUGGCGAAUGUGGCAAGCUUACAUACAAGGGACACGGCAAAUGUGCAUGUUCAUUGAAUUUCUAUCAUCCAGCCAUCUGCAAAACCUUUAUUCAAGUCGAUGAGUCAUUUAUAUGGUUGUGCCCGUUAAUUAGACGACCAUGAAAUGAAGUACCCAAGUAAUAGCAGGAAGGAGUGCCAAAUCUUUUCAGGUGUAGAACGAACCCUCUUUCUGUGGACGUCUUUGUUGUUUGCUGCGUGUGUUGUUGUGGGCGUCUCUGCCAACAUUAAUGUAUAAACGUUUGAUUUUAAGUUGUCAGCACGUUACCCACGUGCUUCAACUAGUUUGAACAGAUGAGAUUAAUUGCACGGGCAUUACGAAAGUUUUUGGUUUGCGACUCGGAGGAUUUAUGAAUUACUCAUUAGAUGUAUUAAAACUUUGUAUCUCGUCGACUUGUGGUGCAUGUACCACAUCCACCCCCCUUUUUUUUUGGGUAUAUGCGGGUGGUCACAUCAUUUUGGUGAGAGAGUAGUCCAUAAAAUCAAUGUACAAUAUAUCCCUUAAGGUUGGGGUACAUGUCUCGUCUUAUCUUCAAGUCUACAGUGUUCCCUCACAUGUGAUAUGGUCCGAUCUGCAAAGCCUCCGGUAAACAUGCCAUGCUGACAUUGCAAUUGAGAGAUGUAGAGUAAUCCAGAUAUCGUUAAGAAACAGAUGGGCUUUCUGUUAUUUCAUAUUGUAACUGAUAUUUCAUGUUGUUUUAGAUUUAUUCAACAAUGGUGGCAAAAUUUUUU